UUUUACCCCAAAUGUUUCCUGACUCCCAGAUUGCUGGAAAGGUUUCUUGUGGAAGAACAAAAGCAUCCUAUAUGAUUUCAGAUGGAUUAGGGCCAUAUUUCAAGAAGAAAGUCGUUGAGGAGCUUAGCAGGCCAGAUGUGUACUACUCUAUUCAAAUCGACGAGACACCCAAACCUGAACAAAGAGUACAACAACUGGAUGUACUCGUGCGUUACUUUUCAAGGAAGCAACAGAGGGUUGUCAUCGAACACCUGGAGUCAUUCAACCUGGGUCGUGCUACAGCAGAUAUAAUAGUUGACUGCAUCGAAAGGAGCAUCACGGAGCUUCCCAAGGAAAAGCUACUCUGCUUCUUCAGUGAUGGCCCCAAUACAAUGAAAAGUGUGAAGAAGAAAUUGAAGGAAUCUGUCCACAUAAAUAUUCUGGACAUUGGAGAGUGUAAUCUCCAUAAAGUGCAUAAUUCUUUCGGCACUGGCCUUACGGCUUUUGGUGCAGAUGUGGAGCUGCUAGUGAUGGAUGUGUAUUAUUUUUUUAAGCAUGCUGUCCGGUCUUCACAGUUUAGCAGCCAGCAAAAGGACCUUGGUAUUCCGGAACACAUUUUUUUAAGGCACGUAAACAACAGAUGGCUCACAUUUCAGGGCAGCCUAGAGCGCGUGCUCGAGCAGUAUGAUUGCGCUGAAGGCGUAUUUUCACCGUGCAGCUGA